GCGAAAAUUUUGAGUUGCGUUCCUCUAGGCUAUAAGACCUUAGUUCAGAAGACAGUAGAAUCUCUCGACGAUACAUUUGCUUAUUCACCAUGAGGUUAGCAAAGCCUAAAGGGGCUAUUUCUCGAAGCUCAAACCAAGGCAAAACCUACGAGACCAAGCGUAAGACAGGCCGCCAGCGGCAGAAAUGGGGGAUGACCAUUCGACUCGACUCCGGCUUAAGUCGGCGGAGAAGGAACGUGGAUGAGAAGCCCUACAAAUGUAGUAGAUGUUCGAAGAGUUUCGGUCAGAGCUCCACUCUUUUUCAGCACCAGAAGAUCCAUACAGGGAAGAAGUCCCAUAAAUGUGCUGAUUGUGGGAAGCGUUUCUUCCAGAGCUCGAACCUCAUUCAGCACCGGCGGAUCCACACUGGGGAAAAGCCCUAUAAGUGUGAUGAGUGUGGAGAGAGGUUUAAGCAGAGCUCCAAUCUCAUUCAGCACCAGAGGGUUCACACUGGAGAGAAGCCCUACUGCUGUGACGAGUGUGGCCGCUGCUUCAGCCAGAGCUCGCACCUCAUUCAGCACCAGAGAACCCACACCGGGGAGAAGCCCUACCAGUGCGAGGAGUGUGACAAGUGCUUCAGCCAGAGCUCCUCGCACCUGCGGCAGCACAUGAAGGUGCACAAAGACAAGAAGCCACGCAAGAGGGGCAAGAACGCCAAGGCCAAAGCUCACCCGGUGUCCUGGAAAGCUGGUAAAGGGAGGAAGGCAGUGGCCGGGCUCCGCCAGGUGAAGGGUACUGCUUCGGGCCUUUUUAAAAAGAAAAAGUGA